UCAGUUAUCUUGGGUCUCUUUAGCUCCAAUCCCAGGUUUCCUUGGCAGUUUGAACAUAGCAGUGGGACAGCAGACAUGGAGUCUCAACCAGAACAGCUGACCAGGAUGGAAUAUGCAAUGAAGUCUCUCAGCCUUCUUUCUCCAAAAUCUCUUUCCAGUUGGGUAGCAAUAAAUACUUCUGUGGUGACACAGCAACUGUUGGCUGAAACCAGUUCCGUGACCAAAGCCCAUCCCUAUCGUGUCACCAAUGCCAGUCGAAGUAUUCGGAAGGGGAUUAUGGCUGAUAGUCUCUUAGACCUUAGCCACAAGGUACAAGAAGCUCUGUCAGUGGUAGAGACCUUCUCCCUGGUUCUGGAAGAAGAUGGUACUAUCAUAGAAACAGAGGAAUAUUUCCAGACAUUAAAUGAAGGAACAGUUCUUAUGGUUCUAGAGAAGGAGCAGAAAUGGCAACCCACACCCAACCAGGGGCCUGGAUACCAGCUCUCCCUCUCUCCAAAGCCUUUUAAGAGGAUGGAUGUGGCUUCUGUGACCUUUGACUUAUACAAAGCAAGGCCAGAUGACUUCAUUGGCUGCCUGAACGUGAAAGCAACACUAUAUGGCAACUAUACACUGUCCUAUGAUCUACAGUGCUCUGGGGCCAAGCGCAUCAUGAAGGAAGCUCUCCGAUGCGCUGUCUUCAGCAUGCAGGCCACUGGUCAUGUCCUUCUGGGGACCUCCUAUUUCAUGCAACAUCUCCUUGAAGACACAGAGAAGCAGCAACCCCUGGAGGGGGUGGUAUCAUCUCUCCCAUUGAAGCUCAUAGUCCCCUCCUUUAUGAAAAUGCUACAGUGAAGCCUCAGUUCAGACUGAAUUGCUGAGAGCCCAGAAUGCUUAGAACUAAUGGUUAUAUCUUCACCAUUUUACCACAAAGUCAGAGGAAGAAUGGAAGCAACAGGUGUGGACUGAAGGGGAAGCUGUGGGCUUUCUUGUGCCCUUUCUCCCAACUCUCCUCCAAAGAAUUUGGCCAACAUUUUAGCUGGGUAGAGUGACCUGUGGUGUAGUCACAGUCCUCUGGAAUCCAUGAUCACUGUAACACAUUUCCCUGCUCUUGCCUCACUCCAGCAUUGCCUUAUUUUGUCACAAAUUAACCUAGUAUUGUGGGACACAUUUGUAAUAUGUAACUUAUGUAAAUUAUAGCUUCCUUGUCUCUUUUUCUUGCCAACUCGGUGCAAUCUACAGGAUUGGGUGACAGAGGCCCAUAGGCUAUAAAUUCAAUAGCUUGGGAUCACUGGCUGAGCCACUGGAAUGAGAGCUGGAAUUUGAGGAGUUUGAAAAAGAGGAGACUGGAUCAGGUUCUUACCAUUUCCAUUCCUUGGGGGGUAUACUUAAGAUAUUAAAUUUAGCAAUCUCAUUACACAUAGUGGGAAAAGAGAACCCAAUCAUAAAACAAGUGUUUCAGAAAAAGCAGGUUUAUGAUAAAGUUUUUUUUUUUUUUUUUUUUUUUUUUUUGUUGUUGACUAGAUGAAGACUGAGUAGGAUGCUGUGGUGCUUAUCAUUUGUGUCUAGAUUGGGGUAAUGGUAUGAUCCCUCUACAGGUUGA